AUGCAGAAUGCUAUGAUUAGCAGCAUUGUGCAUGUGACAAAUCUGCCUCGCAAAAGAGUAGUGAAAUGGUUUGAAGACAAACGUGCUGAAGCUGGGGUUCCUGAUCAUCGCCCCCCUUACGAGCAGUCCAAUUCCGAAACUGUUACCGUUAAAGACUAUAUUGUG